AUAUAGACCUUUCUCUUUUAUCUAUUUCUACUUUAAUAAGUUAGGCCACUUUACCAUACUCCGUAUACCCAUUGCUGUGUGCCAUAACUCGUAACAUCUUAUCUCGCUCUGGGGUUACCGACCCCGCAGCCGAUCUUAUGCGGGAUCUUGGAGUCCCGUGUUCACUUCAUCUGUGGCAUUGGGAACCUGUUCACGCCAUGUAAUCUCAUCUCAACAACCCAAAAUCGUCGCCAAAAUGUAUACUGUCAAUGUAGGAGACGGGCUAGACAGCCUAGACACACCUUCCAUGAUCGUGGAUCUCGACCUCAUGGAAGCAAACAUCAGGAAGCUAUUCGACAGCCUACUUCCCACUGGAGUCAACAUCCGCCCUCACCUCAAGACAACGAAGAGUGCAGUUCUUGCCGGCAAGCUUGUUGCCGCCGGUGCCAAAGGCUGCUGUGUGGCCAAGGUAUCAGAAGCAGAAGCCAUCACGGCGGCGGGCUUCGACGACAUCCUCAUUACGUGCGAAAUCAUCGGCAAACCGAAAGUGAAGCGUCUUGUUGAACUCUUCAAGAAGAACAAGAAGAUUAGAGUCGUCAUCGAUAGCGAAGUUGGGGCAACGGCAAUCAACGACGCGUUGGAGGAGGCCGGUGUCGAGGAGCCUAUUCUCACACUGAUUGACUUGGAUGUUGGACUGCAUCGGACUGGCGUGGCCGCAGGCGAGCCUGCCUUGGCUCUGGCGAGACACAUUGAAAAUCUCAAGCAUCUCAACCUGAUUGGUGUGCAGGGAUACGAGGGCCACCUGCAGCACCUCCACGACCGGGAGGACCGAAAGAGGCAGUGCCUCGAGUCCAUGAAGACGCUGACCGAGACGGCAGAAGCGCUUCGGAAAGCAGGUUUCGGCAUCGAGGUGGUCACGACCGGCGGCACAGGCACCGCUGAAUUCUGCGUUACGGUUCCAGGAGUCACGGAGUUGCAGCCGGGAUCCUUCAUCUUCAUGGAUACGGACUACCGCAAUGCCGUCGGCUCGUUCUACUCCAACAGCUUGACGCUGUUAGCGACCGUUGUCAGCAAGCAGAGCGAGCGGCAAGUGACGAUUGACACGGGGCUAAAGUCGUUGACGACGGAUAGCGGACUUGCUGAAUGCAAAGACCGGCGCUAUGCUCACGCCAACCUGGGAGACGAGCAUGGUUCGCUUAGUUGGGAGGAGGGAACUCCCGCCUUGGCGGUGGGAGAUCGGGUUGAAAUGGUUCCUAGUCACAUUGAUCCAACGAUUAACCUUCACGACUGGUAUUACGCCCAUCGUAAUGGUGUUAUCGAAGAAAUCUGGUCGGUUGACUCUAGAGGGAAGGUGCAAUAGUUUGCGGUCAGCUUCACGCCUCGAUCAGCGCCUUGAACUAGGUACGUCCGAAUGGUGCAAACCAUAGUGGGUUUGGGGUAUUAUGAACAUGUACAUAGGAUAUGAGAUUUGAUACGUAAUGUCCUUGGAAAAAUGAACUGAACCAUAUCAGGUUGAGUAUACGUCUAGGCCUUGCAUCUAAAUCUUUGCUUUCGAGUGACUCCUUUCUUUCAAGUUCCUCUCAGCGGGCAAAACCAUGUUCACAUGAGUACUCAGAGCGACAACAUCUCCACCCUGAUCUAGAACAAUAACCUCGAGAUCUAGUCUGCCAUUCCGGAUAACCUUUGCCAUUGUCCGAAGGAAGAGCCACUCGGCCCCUUCUUCCGGCAAAGCCUUCUUCACGUCCAAAUUCAGAGCAAGGGUAGGGUACCAAAACAUCUCAUUCGACCGAAAAGGUGUCUGUUCCUCGUCGCGUUUCGGUCUCCAUGCCUCUAUUACU